UACAACAAGAACCACAGCGCUACAAAGCAUGAGACCUCCAGAAAAAACCAAACUAUAAAACGUAAAGGAAGAAAACAUGGAGGACACGAGGGGGUGAGGAUGAUAACCACAGAGGGAGCUAAAUGUCAACAAAACGCUGAACUGUAAAGGAAAUAAUCCGGGGUCGAAUCCGUGGAUUAACUGUUUGAGUAAAGACUGUGUCAGGAGCCCCGCCUCUCUGUUUUUGUGGUUUCAGGAUCAUUUUUUGCAGCGUGCAGCUGUGAUGACUCGCAGGCUGUCAGCAGCUGUUUAAACGUGUUGGCGAGCUCUGACGAGUCACUCGGGCUUCGUCAUGAAGGUCGUGCUGCUGCUGGCGCUGCUCACAGUCUGUGAAUGUGACGGCAGCAGGGUCAAAGGUCACACAGGUCAGGACGUCACUCUGCCCUGUAAAUAUGACAGGAAGUAUCACGGCGCUCUGUCAGCGUGCUGGCAGCGAGGAGAAAUACCAGCCAGAGGCUGCUCCAAUCCGCUGAUCUCCACAGAUGGACUCAGAGUGUUAACCAGAGCUUCCAGCAGGUAUGAGCUGCUGGGCCGACUGGAGGACGGAGACGUCUCUCUGACCAUCAUGAACCUGACAGAGGGAGACGCUGGACAAUACGGCUGCAGGGUGGAGAUACCCGGCUGGUUCAACGAUGAGAAGCAUCACUUUGACCUGAGCGUCGUCACAGCGCCACAAACUCCCACAUGGACGGCGCCAAACUCAGAGACGCCCACAGAGCCGACGGCAGCCUCUGAAGGUCACAUGACCUCUGCAGAAAGCCUCCUGACUUCGCCCUCCACCAUGACGAGCAGCAGCGAGGGCGAGGACGGCGGUCAGCUGAUGGUGGUGGUCGUCUGCGUCCUGCUGGGGCUGGUGUCUCUGCUCGCCAUCGUAGGACUCCUGGUGAGAAGACUGAAGCUCCUCCACACAGUCCCUCGGCAGCAUCGGCAUAUCAGCCGCUCGGUGCGGUUCAACCCCACGUCGUCGACUCUGCAGCUGCACGCUCAGCCCGCCGCCGUGGACAACAUCUACCAGAUGGAUGGUGGUGAGGGAGGCGUAUACGAGAAUUGCCCCUGAGCUCUGAGGCUCCACCCACUCAUCCGCAGAGUCUGGAGGCAGGACGAUGACGAGCUCUUUGAGGAAAUGUCGAGGACAGACGAGACAACAGCUUUGCCCUGAGAAGCCUCCAGUAUUUUAGGAAGAUAGCCUUGCUCUCACGCUUUGCUUUGAAAGCGUCCAAUCAGAGAGCUACAGCUGUGGUCCCAGGUGACUAACCCCGCCUUCAGGCUGAAGGUUUGCAGGCAGCAGGUGCUAACAUGAGAGCUAACAUGUAAAUAAAGAUGUAAAGAGCUUUUAUUGUGAAAGGUUUAGUGAGGUUUCCUGUUUUUUCAGAUUUAAUUUAAUAAAAUGUUUGGAGGACUUUUAAAGGUUGGUUUGAACUCUUCUUCUGUUCCUUUAAACACGUUUACCUCUGACUGGUAACCUGGGCGCUCAGUUCUUCUGCUGCACGCUGCUUCCACCUGCUGGCCGGACAGAUGACCUGCAGCUACACAGACUCAGCUGUGCUGUGAGCUCAGGCUGUUUGAUGGACUGACUUUGAUUAAAAAAGACUCUGUAAUAUCUCUAAUCACAGCCAUGGGGGCGGAGUUGCGCGUGAGAACCCCACACCUGUACCAGGGUAAAGAUGCAAUUUUGUAAGAUCGCUAUGACGACAGUAAUAAACGUUAUUUGUUCCUUUGAUCCA